AAGCCUGCAGGGCAUAUUGAUAUCAGCACGUGAGUCCAGAGAUGUGACAAACAAGAAAACAAAACUAAAAAAGAAGUAUGUACUAAUAGUCAUGUAGAAAACCCGUUCCUGACGCCGGCUCUGUUUGUCUUCUUCUUCUUCUCCUUUCCGGCCUCUUUCUUUUUUCUUUAAACAAAUAAGAACAAUAUGGUUUUCAUUCAAAUAUGAAGAAAGAACACAAAAUGUUCUUUGUUUUGGUUCCAAUGAAGCCAUAGCGUUCACUUUCACUCUCUGCUGUACCUGCCCGACACUUUUCAUUUCCUUCGAAUCCUUACCGGCAACCUUUUCUUUCUUUCUUUCUAAUCAGAAAGAGCCCAACACACACAAAACAAAACAAAAUGGAAUUUCUCUGGUUUUUGCUCUUUUCCUUUAGCUUCACACUCUCAAAGUCUACCCCGGACUCUGCUAUUCUUCUCAGCUUGAAGAAGUCUAUCUUUAAUGACCCCUCAAACCUUCUAUCCACCUGGAACCCAUCUACAAUCCACUGCUCAUGGUACGGUGUCAGGUGCGCUAACUUCUCUGACAAAGUAACAGCUUUGUCGCUUGCUCAAAGUGGAUUUUCCGGGGAGAUCCCCGCAGAUAUUGGAGACCUUAAGUUUUUGGAGGUUCUGGAACUCCAAGGAAACAACUUUUCCGGCCAGAUUCCUUUCCAGAUAAGCUCUCUUCCCUAUCUUAGUGUGCUGAACUUGUCCUUCAACUCAUUUUCCGGUUAUAUACCAGAUAAACUCAUUGGUAACACCAACUUGAUAGUUAUCGAUUUGUCGAAUAAUCUGCUUUCUGGUAGGAUUACUGUUGAUAAUUCAAGUAGAUGCGAAUUUUUGAUCCACUUGAGGCUGUCUAAUAACUAUCUAGUUGAAAAUAUUCCCCCUGAGAUUGGAAAUUGCAAGAAUUUGAGGACUUUAUUGCUUGAUGGCAACGUUUUACAAGGCAAGAUUCCGGUUGAAAUGGGCCACAUCACAGAGCUUCGGGUUUUGGAUGUAUCUAGGAACAGUCUCACAGAUGUAAUUCCAAAGGAGAUUGCAAAUUGUAAGAAACUAUCAGCUGUAGUGUUAACCAAUUUGGUAGAUUUGGGUCCUGAUGAGAAAACAAACUCCAUGGACAGUUUUCGAGGAGAAUUCAAUGCAUUUGAUGGGGGUGUUCCUUUUGAACUGUUUUUCCUUUCCAAUUUGGAGGUUUUGUGGGCGCCAAGAGCAAAUCUUGUCGGGCGGUUGCCUGAGAUAUGGAGUGAAUUUUGUUCGUUCAGAGUCCUAAAUUUGGGGCAGAAUUAUUUUGGUGGUGUGGUACCAGAAAAUAUUGGGAUGUGUAAAAACCUUACUUUCUUGGAUUUGAGUUCCAAUGCUUUGUUUGGAUACCUUCCCUGGCAGCUACAUGUUCCUUGUAUCACGUACUUGAACGUUAGUAGAAAUAACAUUUCUGGUAACAUUCCAGGAUACAGGAAGGCCAGCUGUGAUGGGAGCAUGGUCUCUUAUGGUCUAUAUUCUAGUUUCAUUGAUAUGGAAGAUACAUGGGUUGCAUUUGCCUAUUCUAAUCUUCCUUUUUGGGGUCCUAAGAUGGGAUCGAUGAUGAAUGAGAAUUUCGCAAUCAUCCAUGAUCUAAGCUGGAAUAGUUUCACUGGUCCAUUACCUAUGUUCUCCAUUGGAGAUCAAUUGUCGGCAGGUAACAGUAAAUUUUCAUACAGGUUGUUACUGAAUAAUAACAUGCUUAAUGGGUCUUCCUAUGGAGAGCUAAUUUCUGAUUGCGAUAAGCUGCAGAGUGUCUCGGUUAACUUGAGUGCAAACCAGAUAGGAGGUGGGAUGCUGGAGGCAUUUUUUCUUGAUUGUCUACAGUUAACAGAGUUUGAAGCAGCAUAUAAUCAGAUUGAGGGAUCAAUAGAUCCUGGUAUUGGAAACUUGAUGAUGCUUCAGUUACUUGACUUAAGAGGAAAUAGACUCUCUGAAUCUCUGCCAGAUCAAUUGGGGAAUUUGAAGAAUCUAACAUGGAUAUCUCUUGGAGAGAACAGUUUAACUGGAGAAAUUCCAUCCGAACUAGGUCAAUUGACCUCUCUUAAGCUUCUUGAUCUUUCCUACAAUUCUCUUACAGGAUCUAUCCCUGCUAGCCUGACAAAUGCUACAAAUCUUGAAACCCUUUUACUCAACCACAAUCGACUUUCUGGGGAAAUACCCUCCUCUUUCUCUUUGCUUUCUCGUCUGACUGUUCUGGACCUAUCUUUUAACGACUUUUCAGGUCCAAUACCGAAUCUCCAACAUCAGAGUAAUUGUACUGCUUUUAGAGGUAAUAAACGUUUGCCUCAGUGUUUACCUUCUGCCGCAGCACCGGAAAAGCCUAUGGGUCCGGCUAAAUUUCCAAAAGGAAGAAAUUUGAAACCUUUUAUAAUUGCAGCGGUAACUUCUGCUUCUGUUCUGCUUUGUAUGGUUCCAGUGAUAGUAAUUAUCUGUCAAUUUGGAAGGAGAAAGUUUAGAAGACACGGUGCCCUGAAAGGAAAAGUGGUUGUGACUUUUGCAGAUGCUCCAAAUGAACUCAAUUAUGAUAAUGUUGCAAGAGCUACAGGUAAUUUUAGCAUCCGAAACCUUAUUGGUACAGGUGGAUUUGGGUCAACUUACAAAGCAGAGUUGGUCCCAGGCUAUCAUGUAGCUGUAAAGAGGCUUUAUAUUGGCCGAUUUCAAGGCAUUCAGCAGUUUGAUGCAGAGAUAAGAACGCUAGGAAGAAUUCGACAUAAGAACCUUGUAACUCUUAUUGGGUAUUAUGCUGGGGAAAAUGAAAUGUUUUUAAUUUACAAUUAUCUUUCUGGUGGAAACCUUGAGACUUUCAUUCAUGACAAGUCUGGAAAUUUUGUACAGUGGUCAGUGAUCUACAAGAUAACUAUGGACAUAGCGCAGGCUCUUGCUUACCUCCAUUACUCGUGUGUUCCCCGUAUAGUUCAUCGAGACAUCAAGCCCAGCAAUAUUCUGCUUGAUGAGAAUCUUAAUGCGUUUCUCUCAGACUUUGGGCUUGCUAGGCUUUUAGAAGUUUCUGAGACCCAUGCCACUACAGAUGUUGCUGGCACAUUUGGUUAUGUAGCACCAGAAUAUGCAACCACAUGCAGGGUCUCUGACAAGGCAGAUGUGUACAGUUUUGGUGUUGUACUGUUAGAAUUACUGUCAGGGAAGAAGUCCCUUGAUCCAUCAUUUUCUGAGUACGGGAAUGGAAUCAAUAUUGUUGAAUGGACCAAGUUGCUGAUCAAGGAGGGGCGUCCAUCUGAGCUAUUCUCUGCUGAACUGUGGGAAACUGGACCUAGGGAGAAUCUCUUGGGAAUGCUAAGGCUUGCAUAUGCCUGUACAGCAGAGACACUUUCUGUUCGGCCAUCAAUGAAGCAAGUUCUUGAGAAAUUGAAACAGUUGAAAUCCUGAAAAAAAAAAUCUGUCACAAAAUGCUGACAGAAAACACAAAGCAGCUUAUGUCUACAGAUUAUUCUGCUUCCAUAUGUUGAAAUGAGAUGACGUUGGAAAGGAACACUAUUUUCACUCUGGCUCGGCAUCCUAUUAUUUAAUAUCUUUUAUCUCGCUGGCUAAGAGCUGAUUGGCAUAUAGUUGUUGAGAUAUCAAAGGUCACGAAAAUAUCGAAUGGACUUUGCAGCUACAAAAAAUGGCCUGUUGGUUUGUUACUUCUCCUAAGUUCAAAUGAAAAUAUGUAUGUGAUUGCUUCAUUAUCAGUAGCAGGAUUGUAUGAUAUGCAGUAAUCUUGGGGUGACAUUAUACUGUAUAACUCGUUAUUUGUUUCACUAAAAAAUUAUUUGUAAAUAUGUUCCAUUAGAAUCUGAUAUGAUGGCAUUUUGUACUCAGAUUAGCUGCCUGUAGCGUGAGCAGUUAACUGUAAUAAACUAUGAUUGAGAAAAACAUGGUUGACUUGCCAGUAUAUAUAUAAGAAGUUUGCAAAUUUCAUAAAGCUACAUAUACCAAAACACAGACAAUUAUUUAACAAUGAGUUUAUGUACAUAAACAAAUGAGAUAAAAAAAAAUUAAAAUAAAAAAUAGUAGUG